UGCCUGACAGCGGCCGCUAAAUCUCCAGUUACCUCAGAGCACAGACUAAAUUAGAACAAACCACUUUUUUUUUUUUUUUUUGUAAAACCAGCUAUCAAAAUAAAAAGAAAUCGUUACAACCGUUCACAUGCUAUAAUUUUGUUUGUUCAAAUAGAGUUGAGGCAUUGUAGCGUUCUCAACAUUUCGUGCUAUUUUCUUAGCAUUUUCACUCCGUUACUAUGGAAACUCCUCCAAACAACAUCUGGCUGCCUCCAGCACGCGGAAGACAACGAUUCAAACCACUUUUAACAACUUUCGGCUGUGGUGGUUACUGAAAUUGUGUUUUAUUUAUAUAUUUAAUUUGGGUUUGUCAGCACCUCCCCGUGGAUUACCGCAGACUAAUGUCUGGACGGGGGUCUAAUGCGCAUCUUCCGCCAACCAAAACGGUUAUUGUGUUCAGGAACGGAGAUGCUUUUUAUCCCGGCCGAAAAUUUGUUAUCAAUCAACGCCAGUCAUCCACUUUUGACAGCUUUCUGAACACUGUCACUCGAGGCAUCACAGCUCACUUUGGAGCAGUGCGAAAUAUUUACACCCCUAACAAGGGUCACAGGGUGGCGAAUCUGGGGCAGCUGGUGCAUGGAGAGAUAUAUGUGGCAGCCGGAGCUGAGAGACUCAAAAAAAUGGACUAUCGUCACAUAACAACACAAAAACCUCCAGAAAAGAAAAGUGAACCGAUCCAACCUGUAGUUCACAGCAGAAUAAUUGUCCCAGCUCGAUGGAAGAGAAUCAGUAAUGAGUCGUGCAUCAUCAAUGUUUUUACCAAUGGAGAUAUCUUGGUUCCUCCAGCACGGGUUCUGAUUCCCAAGCAUACACUUGCUAGCUGGGAAAACGUAUUGGCCAUGGUGACCGAGAGAGUUCACCUUCGCACUGGAGCUGUGCACCGAUUGUACAUGCUGAAUGGGAGGCCUGUACGUGGAUCGUAUGAGCUACAGAACAACCACUAUUAUGUUGCUGUAGGGACAGAGAGGUUCCGGUCUUUGCCAUAUCAUCUGGCUCCAAGCAAGGGAGUAAUCCACAAUAUCACCGAUGUGGUCAACAAUGGCAUUCAUCCAGUUCUAAAAAAAGAAAAAGAAGACAGAACUUUGUUCGCAAAACCAGGAGUGGACAGCGCCGGCUCUGUUUUUUACGCCAAACAGCCCGGGCAGGAAUUGAAAAUCCCAGAUCUCUUUGCUACGGCGGAAAAAAGUGUCUUCAGAGCCACCAACAAAAGGAAGGAGGCAGUAGUAGCAUCUGAAGUACUGGAAGAUGAAAAUAUGAAGGUGGACCUUCCUAUUGAACAGAUGGAAGUAAAAGAAGUUGAGGAGGAACAAAACUCCUACAAAGAGCCCAGACCAGGAAGUGACAGCCCUGCCAAAAACUUCAAAAACCAUCAAAAUGCUGCUUUUUCAACAAGGUCAUCCCCUUCCAGAACCAAUAAGAUCUCAGAAUAUACUUCAAGUAAGAAGGAGUCAAGAAACCUCCAACCCAACAGCCAUGGAGAGAGCAGGGACCAGUCAUUAGAUCAACAAGAACCAAAAGACCCCAAGGGGGAGAUGUCCUCAAAGAAGUGUGGAAUACGAUCGCAUAUGUCUAAGUUUUUAAAGGGUAAAAAUGUUUUCUAAAUCACCCUGUGAAAUGUCUCAACCUUUGCCGGACGACAACUGCCAGACCCUACUGCAAUGCACAGACCCAUAACUUUAAUAUGACACCGAACUCUGGAAUCACUCUGAAUGAAAAAUCAGCCCAAGGGGGUCAGUGACGGAAAGAAAUAGGGUUUCAGACCGGGUCAAGCAAAGCAUACAACACUCCAUACAGAAGUACGGGCAAGGCUUUCGUCUAUUUUCAACCCAUCGUUAUUCCUCAUAAAUUCCAAACUAGCCUCUGACAGCAUGACUGAUGAGCCUGCCAUUGUGAAUGUCAAGAGAAAUGGUCUCUCAACCCAUACCUCACCGUUUCUCAUUGUGUAUGAGACUUAAGGUUUAUGGAGGAAUACAGCCAUUCUGAUGAGCAUUACUCGCUGGGUACCAAGGGCACGCUGAUCUACUGUCAGAUGAAACAAGCGCCAAGGUACAAUUCUUCUACCCUUGUUUUAUUCUUAUCCACAACAGAUUAAAAUGUCCAAUAAUAUUAUUCUAUUUAAUGCACCAGUUUACAGUAAAAUGGAAUUAAUGUUGAGGGACAGGUAUAUUACUUUUAUGUCUUUCCUAAUGUUAUGUAGAAUACAAUUAUUAGUAGGACUAUGCGCAUACAUGCUUAUUUCAUGCCAGUGAAAUAACCAUCAAUAUAAAUAAUGUUGCAUUUCACCAGUUCACAACAUGAAAAUGUUGUACUUGAUUCUGCGUGCAGUGUUCUGUUGCCGUACGGCCCAUAGAGCCCCACUGCACAGAAUCUGUGUUUCACUGGGUAACUGUAUUGAUUUGAAUGAAGCAAGAUCAAUGUUCAUUGGACAACAGGCUCUAAACAAGUCAUUUUGGUUCCCACCCAGUUGUAAGAGUAUAAUAAUUGGUAUUUGCAUUGAAAAACAGCAUCUAAUUAUUCAUUGGACAGCUGGCUAUCAAUCACUGGUUGGUCUGCCUUCUUUAUAUGAUGAUUGGGUCAACUUGCAAAUGGGU